AUGUGUGGCCAGGGACUGUUUUGGCUGCUUGGCAGGAACCCAUACUCCCGGCGGUGCCACCGCGGAGUUGAGCUGUCGGCCUCCGCUUUUCUCCAAAUCCCUCGUCGUUCGAAUACGACCGUCUCCGCCUUGUCUUCCAAAACCCUCCCAAACACCGCCUCGGCCAGAAAAGCCACGCCCGAAACCAUGGCAAGGCCUACGCCUGCGCUGCGACAAUGGCUCAACCUUCGCCGAAGCCUCUCGAGCACACAUUCCCAUGUGCAAAAAUGCCCGGCAAACAGUUCCCUCUCACGCGCAAAGCUACCCACCACGGCCACAGUCAUCUCUGACGCAGAUUCUCGCUCGAGACAAUGCUUUCACAGCGGCGCCCGCAGAUUGGCGAAAGCGCGACAAAGUUCUGCAAAGCCGGCGCCCGCUCUGCAAAGGAAGAGGCGAGAUUUAGAAGCCGGACGGGGCGCCGCUCUGCCAGCCUCUGGUGGCAGAGGGACAUUGGACGCGAAGGGUUUCUUUAUGCAGGCAAUUGAGGUUGAUGAUGAGCUGCUUGUUAGGGAAUUUCUUGAUUCAGCGGACAGUAUGUACGAUGCCGCUUCGGCUGAUGGACUUCUUCCCGGGAUUGGUCUUCAUACCUUUAAGGAUGUGGUGGUCAAGAUCUUCAAGGGAAUGGACGGGCCUCCGAAUCCGCGGAUGAUUCAGGCGAUAUCGAAAGGUGAGUGUCAGCAGCUAUUUCUGGUCCUCUUCCACAUGGCUUGGCUUGGCAAAAUGAGAUCUAACUCUGUUUCCUAUGCAGAUGUCGAUGCUGUAUAUCGCAUUGGGAUCGUUGGCUGCACCGUCGGUCCUACAAUGACCGAAUGGUUGACCACUUCGUGCGCAUUGGCAGGGGCAAGAGCAGCCAUUGUUUUGAUCCAGGCCAGACUGGUCAAAUGGACGCACAGCACCCCACAAUCAAAGUGGACAGAUGCAGUCAAACGGUUCUCCGACGAAGGAUACCCACCGGCGAUGAUGCUCCACGCCAAGAUCCUCGGUAUGCGUGGACAGUACCAGGAAGCCUUUGAGUUGAUGGAAAAGAGAGUUUUGCCAUUCUUGACCCCUACACGUCGUCGACCCCCGUUGUUUAAUGACAUCACGCUGGACGGGUCCUUCGAGUCCCCAUAUCGACUGUACGCCUUGCUUCACGCAUCUUACGAUGAUGCGUUCGAUUCGCCCGAGAGUCGGCGCAAAGCCGACGAGGCUACUCGCGUGGCAGCUCUCGAGUACAACGACCGCAUGGCCAUGGUUGAGUAUGCCUCGAUCAUGAUGAAUGAGAAGAAAUUGGAUGACUACGAGAAAGUCAUGAGCAAGGCCGCCAUGCUCGGCAGUAAACAAGCUGUCCUGUACAUUGCCAACUUCUACUACCAGGUCUUUCACGGGAGAUAUCCAACGCUGGCCGAAAGGCGCGACUCUACAAAGCCGGAAGGCCAAACCGAUAAGCCCUCUUCAGAGACCCAGGAUCAACCAAGGUCCUCGAAUCCCUAUUUGUUCAUCGUUCACUGGAUCACUUCCUUUUUCAAUCAAGGCAUCGAACGUGAGACAUAUCGCGAUCUGGCAAAGCACUGGUAUACCCUCGGCCACACAUAUAGAAUCCCACAGGCAUCUUUCAUGCUGGCACUAAUGGCCCAUGAGAAAGGGGUUGCGCUGGAAAACAAUGUCUUUCUCGAGGCCGAAUGCGCUUAUUUGCUGGAAAAUCAAUUGAUUGGGCCGAAGUUUGAAGAGCUCAAGGAUAAUUGGUAUAACCCGCAGUUUGUGCCGCGCCUGUCAGUUCAGAUGUUGGCUGUACGAUAG